AAAUUUUUGAAGAACUGACCUGAGAAGUUUAGCGUGCAUCAAUUUAUCUGAGUUUCGAUGGAUUUAUGACUUUUUUUUCACCAGGUGUCAUCGCAGGGAAUUGGAUCCGCCACCGUUCAGCCCCGUCGAAGUGUCUUCGUGGGAGCUGAACACUUUUCCCCCGUUAAGCCCACCAUGAGUAUCUCGUGCAUUGAGAACAAAACCUGCUCUCAGUUACCCCAACGUAACCGUAUCGGCCGGAGUUGGCGGUCUUCCGACAGCCCCCCUAUGGGAUUUUCAAAAUUGUCUUCAUUUUUUUGCGAGACUUUCGCGGUCCUCAGGUUCUCCACGCUAAUCCGGCGAGAUCGGUUCCAGUUAUCUAAUUAUCACUGUUAAUUAGUGCUCGGUGAAUCAUCCCCGGGGUCUUUUCAUGACUCCUUCAAUAGCAGUUAUUGUUCUUUCGAAACACCUUUUAUUCAUUGGAUUACUCCAUCAGGGGAAUAUAAUCCGGUCUCCCCUCGCGAGUAUUUUUGCGCAAUGAGUGAGUGAGUGGACGUGAAGCCAUGUUAUUCUUCGGCACCGUCAAGAUGAAGUCUCAGCCGAGAAGGAGCUUCAACGAGACCGCACUCUGUUCGCCAAGAAAUCUCUCCCUGACAUGGAGAAAUAUAUCGUAUACGGUUACGAGGAGGAAGAACGGAGGAUAUAUCAUGGAUUUAGUGAGGGGUAGACACAUGGAGGACGUCCAACUGCUGCAUGGAGUCAGUGGUGUUGUUAAAUCGGGGACUCUCAUGGCGAUAUUAGGACCGAGUGGAGCUGGAAAAACCACCCUGCUGGCGACUAUUAGUCGACGACUGAAAGGAGAAGCCAGUGGCGAAGUCCUUCUAAAUGACAAACCCGUUGACAAUCACCUGAUGGCGAGAAUAUCGGGUUUCGUUCCGCAAGAGGAUUUAUCGGUGGAGACUCUCACAGUCCAGGAGCACAUGGAGUUCAUGGCUCGAAUGAGGAUGGACCGUAGAUUUCGAACGCCCUCACGUCACCAGAGAAUCGAAAAUCUUCUGAGCGAUCUCGGCCUCACCGAGUCAAGACUCUCGAAACUAUUAACCCUCUCCGGUGGUGAACGUAAACGAGUUUCCCUGGCUGUUCAACUUCUCACCGAACCCAGCAUAUUAUUCUGCGACGAACCGACGACUGGCCUCGAUAGUUACUCGGCACUGGUGGUGGUGAGAACCCUUCGAGAUGUUGCAGCACGAGGAAGAGUAGUUGUUUGCUCGUUACACCAACCCGCCUCAGGACUCCUCGAAUUAUUCCACGAGGUCCUUCUCCUCGCCUCCGGCAAAGUUGCCUUUCAGGGAAGCUCAAUGGACGCCACAUCAUUCUUCGCAAGUCUGGGCCUCCAUUGUCCCCCAACUUUCAACAACGCCGAGUUCUUCGUCUCCCAGUUAUCAUUGACCCGAGGUAGCGAAGCCGAAAGCACGAAGAAGGUUAAUUGGAUCUGCGAGGAAUUCAAGGGCUCCGAGUACGGUAAGCGAAUCAAAAGAGCCAUCGACAGGUCGUCCAACGGCGAUCCCGACGACUGGGCACCCCACCCAGUUUUUGCCGAGGGUGUACAGCCAGUCAGUGAUUUCAAGAAAAUUCGAGCUCUGACCCAGCUUGAGUGGUUGACUUGGAGGAGUUACGUUGAUUACCGAAGAAAUUGGAGUGUCAUUCUCCUCAGAUUUUUCCUGUACAUGUGUAUAGGUGUUCUUCUGGCAACACCUUACAUCGACGUAGCCGAGAACAUCGAUCAGAACGGAAUACAAAAUAUGCAGGGUCUCAUGUAUCUUGUCGUUACCGAGACUGCAUUUACAUUCAAUUAUGCUGUCUUCUAUACAUUUCCCAAGGAACUUCCACUACUGUUGAGGGACAUGGCCAGCGGGCUCUAUUACCCAGCUCCCUAUUAUCUCAGCAAAAUUGCUGUUCUGGUGCCCGGGUCAAUCAUUCAGCCAUUUCUCUAUGCCGCCCUGAUUUACAGCAUAGCCGGUCUCAAAGGCGGUGUCGUUGGCUUCAUAUACUUCGCAAUACCCGUUGUACUGUGCGCCACAUCAGCAUCAGCUCUCGGUUGUCUCAUGUCUGCCUCCUUCAAAUCAAUCGAUACAGCUUCACUGCUAUCGGUGCCCAUCGAUUUUCUCAUGUUAAUUUUCAGUGGAAUUUAUCUUCAUCUGGGAAACUUACCCCCGAGGAUCUCUUGGCUCAAGUACAUCUCGCAGUUUUAUUAUAGCACUGAGGCGGUGUCGUUGACUCAGUGGAGGGAAUAUGAUCACAUAAAUUGUCCACCAGAUCCUGAGGAGCCCUGCAUAUCCUCGGGCGAUGGAGUCCUCGAGAAAUACGGAUUUGUCGCUGGUAAUUAUUCCAUGGACCUGGUGGGCCUCGUUGCAAUAUUCACACUGGGACAUUUCGCUGGCUUCCUGGCCAUUCGUUAUCGAAGCACGAAGGAGCCCGUUUACUGAUAAGAAGAUUUUUUUACUCAUGAAUUCUCUUUAUAUUUUCCUCCAUCAACAGAAAGGAUUUAAAAAAAUAAAUUAAACCGACAUUGAAGAGUUUGUUAAGACCAAAGAUUUUAUUUUUUUUGUUAUUAAUACAAAGCCUGUAGAAUUCUCCUUUUGAACACCCCCAAGAACCCGAUAAAAAACAUUCCCCCAGUGAGUGCCAACACCCCCCCGGCAUUAGUCCACAAUCCCUCCUGGCUGUAGCCAUACUCGGCCAGGACCUCCGCCCCCGACACAACACAAGGCAAAUGUUUCAUGUCACAUCCGAUCCCAGCAACUCUCGACCAGUGAAUA